UUAAAAUGGAUCAUUCGAUGAUAUUCUCGUUGAAGUUUCUACUCUGGGCUCGCUUGUUCGUCGUAGUCGUCUCUUUACCAACCUUGGGUUACGUAGAUCGACACCGUUUAGAGACUUACGAAGAUUUUUCCGAGGAACGACUUGGCGAUUUGGAUUUUUUUAACAACCUGACCUUUCGAUUCUCUUGCGAGGGCAAACCGAUUGGCCUGUACGCGGAUCUAGAAUACGAUUGCCGAAUUUUCCACGCUUGCGAUGAUUCGGGAAAAGGUUUCCCCGUCGUCUGUCCGAACGAUACGUUUUUCGAUCAACGGGAACGCGUGUGCAGCGACGAAGAACACGUGGACUGUGAACACGCGAACGAAUGGUUUUAUUUAAACGAGUUGCCAUUCUCGGUGGAAGAGACGGAGGAGAAUCACGCUCGAACAGAGGAAAAAGAAGAAGUUCCUUCGGUGUUGCCUCUUCUGUUACAGUGACGAAAUCACAGAUUAAAACGUUUCGCGUUUAAUUUUACGUGAAAGUGUAAAAUAAAAAGCGUAUACCACAAUUGAUCUUCGGUUCGGUUCGACGAACAAUCAUCGUGAUUCUAUCGUAUCCAAAUGCAGCAUUAAUUAAGUGUCUUUAAAAAUAGAGAAACAAUAGCAAAGUGAAAAAAACCAAAGAGCGUUUUAUUAUAGUUUAAAAAAUUAGUGUUGAAUCGAAACGCUCUUCCAGACCUUGAAAUGAAUCGCGAUUUCUGAUCGCGAUAUCCAAUAACAUUCUUUUCCCCUGUUGCUCGUUUUAUUCUUUAACAACGAAGAAGAAAGGAGGAGCAUCCGAGACGAGAAUAAUUAUAUUGCGCGCGCGUCGUAAUUCAGCGAUUCUUAUCUUAAGAAAAAAUUAGCGGUGGCGGAGAACAAUCGAUAAAAAAGGCGAGAGACAAAGGGAACGGGCGAAGAGGUGUUGGUCGAGAAAAGGAAAUCAGUGGAUUCUGAAGCGUUUUAUUCUUCGUAAACGUAGAAACAGACAGUGAGAAAGAAAGAGAGAAAAAAACCUAGCAAAACAAUCGCUUACAGCCUUACAAACUAAAAAGACUUUUUUUAUUCGAUAUAACAUUAUAUAUUCCUGCGUUGUCUUUGAUCAUUAUCGAGCGCAUCGAUAAGAAAGAGCUGCCCAACAAAGUUAUUUAUUUUGUUAUUAAACCCUUCACCAUUAUAAACCCCUCCACGAACGAACAAGAUCUGUCGCUUCUAAUAACAAAUUUUAUCCGUGUGUAACAAGUUCGUGGAAACUACUACUUAGUUCGUCCCUAGCUAAGAUCGAGUCUCUGCAAUCCGUGCUAUUAUAUAGUAAGACUAUGUGUAUAAUAUAUAUAUAUAUAUAUA